AUGGCGACCACAUUGGCUGACAACAAACAACCUCAAUUACAGCCGGUUUGUCAAAACUGUGGCACCUCGACCACGCCUUUGUGGCGCAGGGAUGAACUCGGCUCAGUGCUUUGCAAUGCCUGCGGAUUAUUCCUCAAAUUGCACGGGCGGCCUCGACCGAUAAGCUUGAAGACCGAUGUGAUCAAAAGUCGCAAUCGCGUAAAGACCGGACAGGGCCCCAAACGCAAGUCUGGCGGCCCUCUCGAUGCUAAUGGUCUUGCGACACAAUCCGAUGCGGGCACUCCGCCUCUAGGGUCGCAUGCCUACCGUCGUCCGUCGCGUAAGAUGUCCCCAGGCCACUCGGAUCGCUCCAACUCCCCCUUGUCGCGAACAGAGACACCUGGUUUUGGUUCCAUGCACGCGCACAACUCAAACAUCGCGCCCCAGCACAUGUUCGAUAGUGUCACUCGAGGCGACGGUACUCUCCACUCAUCCGGCAGUCUUCCUUCUCUUCCGCUGCGUCAACCUUCUCCAUCAGCUAUCGAUCGCCAGCUCGAUUCUCCUCAGACAUACGAAAGCCUGCUCGCCCUUAAUACAUCUCUCAAGACCCGCGUCAGCGAACUUGAUUUGAUCAAUGAGCUCUUCCGUGGUCGGGUCGCAGAACUCGAACAGAGUGAUGCCAGUGCGCGUCGGUCGGAAAUGAUUGCCCGUGAUUCCGAGUCUCGUACUCGCCGGUCGCUGGAUGAAUCGCAGCUUCGUGAGGAGGAGCUCAAGCGACGGAUCAGUGAUCUGGAACGCCAGCUGGGUACUGGCGAAGGCGACGGCUUGGAGCCUCACGCUAAGAGGAUUCGCCUCUCAGAUGUGGUAGAACAGUCACCCGAAGGAUCUCCAUCGCAAGCCAAAUCCCCCAUGAGCGCUUGA